AUUAAAUAUUGAUGUGAAGCCAGUGGUGGGCCAUUCAAAAUGGAAGAGAAAGAUAAUCAGGCUAGAGACGUUAAGGUAGAGCAAGCAGAAGUGAAGGCUCGUGUUGAUCUGGACAAGAUCUUAGUAGAAGAAAUCGGACAAUUCGGAUGCUUCCAGCUAAGGACGUGGGCGUUGGCAGCAUUUGCUGUAAUAUUUAGUGGAUUUGCGGCCACUGAAUAUGUGUUUACAACAGCGAGAAUUAAUACCAGGUGCCUCAUUCCUGAGUGUGAAUCUACAGACCAAACCAUCGAGUUCGCACCAUCAUGGAUCUUAAACGCUAUUCCUCCAUCUGGCUCCUCAUUCGACACCUGCCAGCGCUUUGCCAACAUUUCUGCCAUAUACUUCAAUGACAUUUGCCCUGCUAGCCUCUUCGACUCUAGCAACGUCGUAAAUUGUGAGGAAUACGUCUAUGAGAAUACUGACACUGUUGUCUAUACUUUCGGGCUAGCAUGUCGGGAUUGGCAGCGCUCCUUCAUUGGUACUGCGAGAGCGCUUGGGACACUAGCGUGCUUCCCUAUUACAGGAUUCGUAUCGGACCGAUGGGGGCGGCGUACAGCGCUGAUCAUCAAUACUUUCAUCGGUGCUUCCUUUGGCCUGAGUCGUUCCUGGACCAACACAUAUGUGGGCUUCACUCUUCUGCAGUUCCUUGAAACCGCUUUAGGUGGAGGCAUCUUUAGCUGUGCUUAUAUUUUAAUGAUGGAGAUGGUUGGACCGCGGAUGCGUGUCCCGUUUGGAACAUCAAUGAACUCCUUCUUCUCAGUCGGCUGCGUCAUCGCUGGACUAUUAGCUUGGGCUUUUAACGACUGGCGGGACUUAACACGCGCUUUAUAUAUCCCCAUGUUCGUCAUGAGCUUCUCACUCUGGUUCGUUCCAGAAUCAGUCCGCUGGUACAUGAGCAAGGGACGUUACCAAGAAUCUGAAACUGUUCUUAAAACAGCAGCAAGAAUUAAUGGAAAACAACUGUCAGAUCAGUCGUUGGCAGCUUUGAGGGAAUCAGUGGAAGAAGAGAAGAGGAAGAAUGAGUUGGAAGCAGAGAAGAAAACGAACGAGCCAUGGUUAAUAGUUCAAGUUUUCAGGCAUAAAGAGAUCUUGAUCCGGUGUAUAAUAUCUCCUGUCUGGUGGAUAACCUUUACUAUUGUAUACUAUGGAUUGUCUAUAAACGUUGUGAAUAUAUCUGGAAACCGUUAUUUGAACUAUGUGGCAGUAUCGGCAGUGGAUGUUCCUGGCUUUUGGACGUCGAUGUUUUUGUUGAGCAUCGUUGGGAGGAAGCCGGUGCUUAUCGUCUCAUUUUGGGUCUGCGCCGCAUGCCAAGCGGCUUAUGUCUUCAUGCCCGAUGGUUACUAUGAAGCUUCUCUAGCGGUGUACCUCAUCGGAAAGUUCUCCAUCGCCAUGGUGUCUGCAGGGCUGUACGUGUAUACGGCGGAGUUGUAUCCUACCAGAAACCGCCACAGUCUGCUAGGUUACUCCUCUAUGGUUGGAAGAAUAGGGUCUAUUCUAGCCCCCCUCACUCCAGCUAUGGGCAACUCCACAUUUGAGGAGCUACCGUUUGUCAUAUUCGGUUGCUUUGCGCUUCUCUCCGGGUGCUUAGUAUUCAUCACACCAGAGACCCUUGGUGCCAAAUUCCCUGACACCAUGGAGGAAGCCUCGGACAUUGGCAAGAAGAAAAAUGACGCUAAAUAAAAAU